CGGAUUUCGGGUCGACCCGGGAGUCAGUCUCAAACUUUGAAGCUUUGGGUUUACUGUAAAAACCCUGAAAUUGAAGAGUGACCUCCCUUGUCUGUGUUUCAUUCAAGGUUCAAAGUUGAAAGCUUUAUCAGCGUAAGUUUCCUUUUUCUUUAUCUAAGCUUGAUUUCAUUUCAAUGUCCGAUAAUGUUCAAUCCUUACAGCAAAAACAUCAUCGAUUUCUUUAAGCUUUUAUACAAUGUCACGAACAAUCCCUUGUCAAACAACCCAUCACUCUUCUUCACAAUUCGAUCCUUCUCCAAUGCCUCACUCGACCAAUCUCGAUCUUUUACCGUCUCUUACCUCACAAACAACCUCGGCUUCUCACCGGAAUCCGCUCUCAAAGCCUCUAAGUGCGUCCGUUUCAAAACCCCACAAAACGCCGAUACCGUCAUCGCGUUCUUAGAAAAAUACGGGUUUUCCGACACCCAGAUCCGAAAAAUCAUCGAGGUCCGACCACAUUUGCUCCGUUCCGAUCUCGAGAAAACCAUUUUGCCCAAAAUCCACUUCUUUCAAUCUAAAGGUGGCGCAAACCCUGAUAUUUCCAAGCUCUUGCUUCAUAACCCCAGGCUUUUUUCUCAUAGCUUGAAGAAACUGAUAAUCCCUUGUUUCAAUCAACUUAGCAGUUUUCUCCAAUCUGAUUCAAAGGCCAUUAUAGCUUUAAGAAGGAAUCCAUUUCUAAUCCCUUGUAACUUUGAUGUUUAUAUGUUGCCUAAUGUUAAAACUUUGCUGGAUAAUGGAGUGCCGGAAUCGAAUAUCACAACGAUGUUUAAUUACCAUCCGCGGGCUUUCGUUAUGUCGCCGGAUCAGUUUAAGGAGAUUGUUAAGGAUGUUAAGGAAAUGGGGUUUAAUCCAUUGUUGCUUAAGUUCCUUCAUGCUGUCAUUUUGUUUAGAAAAGUGAGCAAAUCUGCAAUGGAGGGUAAGUUCGAUGUUUAUAAGAAAUGGGGUUGGUCUGAUGAAGAGAUUUGGGAAGCUUUUCGAAAGUUUCCUGGUGUUUUGGAACCGUCGAAAGAGAAGAUCACAGCCAUCAUGGAUUUCUUAGUGAACGAAAUGGGGUUUGAAUCCUUGAUCAUUGCUAAUCAUCCGAGUAUUGUCUCUCGGAGCUUGGAGAAACUGAUUGUUCCGAGGGCUUUGUUUGCUCGAGAGUUGUUGUCGAAAGGUUUGAUUAAGGACUUGAGAUUUACAGUCGUGUUUGGAACUUCAGAAAAGGUGUUUGUUCAAAGGUUUGUUAACAAAUAUAAAGACAAAGCUCCGGAGCUGUUGAAGCUGUAUGAAGAAAAACUCGAAUUCGCAGUAAGAGGUAAAUAUAAAUCAAAUCGAGCUAGUUGUAGGACAUAACAUAUUCGAUCGAGCCAGUUUUCUUUUUAUUAUUGGAUUGAAUUCUUUCUUAUGAUCUAAAACUUGCUAUAGAUUGACUCUAUUUAGCAGCAUUGAGAUUCUUAUCAUAGGUGGAAACUUUGCACCGACUGUUUUAUGCGGUUUAAUUGCUUAACUUGCUGGAAAAUGCAACUGUGAAAUGAAUCUUACUUGCAGAGUUCAUUUAUCUGUUGUAGAGUUAUUACUAUGAUACAUUGGAGAGUUUUUAGUGAA